ACGAUGAAAAUGAAGUCGAUGGCGCGCAGGGUCCGCUCGAUGAAUUUGAGACUGGUUAUUUCGAAAAUCUAGGCGCUAAGACGGAGAAAUGUCUCGAAACGUUUUUCACCACUUGGGGCAAAUUCUUCGCACGUCGCCCGAAAAUGACACUUGUUGGUGGCAUUUGUUUUGUCAUAGCCAUGGGUUAUGGCAUUAAAUUCUUACACAUCACAACCGAUCCGGUACAGCUGUGGGCAUCACCGCAAUCGAAAUCGCGUAUUGAACGUGAAUUUUACGAUUCGCAAUUUCAGCCGUUCUAUCGUAUAGAACAGAUAAUCAUACACGCCGUCGAUUUGCCUGAUAUCGUACACAACACAUCUAACGGUCCACUACAUUUUGGUCCAGUGUUUGACAAAGCCUUUCUCACACAAGUCCUAGAGCUCCAGGAAGACAUCAUGAAUUUAGGAAGAAAUGGUAAUGGCACAGUUUUGGAGGAUAUUUGCUUUGCACCCUUGUCCAGUGAUGGUACCGACAAAAAGGAUGUUUCCAAUUGCAUUGUACAAUCCAUUUGGGGUUAUUUCGGCAACGAUUUGGAGCGUUUGAAUGAAACUGACGAGGACGGCAACUUCGAGGUCACCUACUUGGAUGGCUUGUAUCAGUGUAUGGGUAACCCAUAUCUCUGUCUGGCACCGUAUGGCGGUCCGGUGGAUCCAGCUGUCGCAUUAGGUGGCUUCUUGGCACACGGUGAACAGUUAUCGGGUGAUACGAAAUUCGAGCGUGCAAAUGCCAUCAUACUUACCUUCCUGGUGAAUAAUUAUCACGAUAAGUCCAAAUUGGGUCCGGCAUUGGAGUGGGAGAAACGUUAUGUAGAGUUUAUGUUGAACUACACAAAGACGCGUAUGGGCAAACAUAUGGACAUUGCAUUCACAUCGGAGCGCUCGAUUGAGGACGAACUAAAUCGUGAAUCACAAUCCGAUGUUAUGACUAUACUCGUCUCCUAUUUAAUUAUGUUUGCGUAUAUUGCGAUAUCUUUGGGUCACGUGCAGGAGGUGCGUCGUGCGCUAAUCGACAGUAAAAUCACUUUAGGUGUUGGUGGUGUGAUUAUAGUGUUGGCCUCUGUGGUCUCUUCAGUUGGCGUAUUCGGUUAUAUUGGUGUGCCUGCAACACUUAUAAUCGUCGAAGUGAUACCUUUCCUGGUGUUGGCAGUAGGUGUUGAUAAUAUCUUCAUAUUGGUGCAAACAUAUCAGCGUGAUGCACGUCGCGCCGAUGAAACGCACGAGGAUCACAUUGGUCGCAUAUUGGGACGUGUUGGUCCCUCUAUGCUGCUGACUUCGGUCAGUGAGAGCUGCUGCUUUUUCCUGGGUGGUCUUUCGGAUAUGCCUGCCGUGAGAGCUUUCGCAUUGUACGCCGGCAUGGCAUUGCUCUUCGAUUUCAUACUACAAAUCACAUGCUUUGUUAGUUUGCUAACACUGGACACUAAGCGUCAAGCUGAAAAUCGUUUGGAUAUCUUCUGUUUUAUACGCGGCAAGAAGAGUGAUGCCUUACCCCACACUGAGGGCUUAUUAUACAAAUUUUUCAAGAGCGUCUAUGUACCGUUCCUAAUGCAAAAGACUAUGCGCGUUGUGGUUAUGAUUGUAUUCUUCGGUUGGCUGUGCAGCAGUGUGGCUAUUGCGCCACGCAUUGAAAUCGGUUUGGAUCAGGAGUUGUCGAUGCCGCAAGACAGUUUUGUACUACACUAUUUCCAAGCGCUGAACAAAUAUUUAAGUAUUGGUCCACCCGUGUAUUUUGUGUUAAAAUCUGGUUUGGAUUUCUCCAAAACAUUCCAUCAAGAUCUGGUUUGUUCCGGGAAGUAUUGUAAUGAUGACAGCCUGUUGACACAAAUCUAUUUGGCUAGUCGUCGCGGUAAUGUGACGUACAUCGCACGUCCUGCCUCCAGUUGGAUCGAUGACUACUUCGAUUGGAGUCAAUCGUCAAGUUGCUGUAAAUAUUAUCCUAAAACUGGCGACUUUUGUCCACAUCAAAAGACUGAAUGUGACAGCUGCGAAAUUGAUAAAACCGAUCGGCAACGACCAACAGCGCAUGAUUUUGGCAAAUAUCUAACAUUCUUCUUGCGCGACAAUCCCGACGAUAGUUGCGCCAAAGCCGGUCACGCUGCCUACGGCAAUGCUGUACAGUAUAAAACGAAUCCAAGUACAAAUCUCUCUACCGUCGAAGCAACCUCAUUUAUGGCCUACCAUUCGAUAUUGAAGACAUCAGCCGAUUUCUACGAAUCACUACGCGCUGCACGUAAAAUCUCUGCAAAUAUAACGCAUAUGCUGCGCGGUCGCUUAAUGUCACAGGGUGUGCCAUUUGAGCAAACGCUCGAUAUUGAAGUAUUCCCCUAUUCAGUCUUUUAUGUAUUCUACGAACAGUAUUUAACCAUGUGGCCAGAUACAUUGCAAAGCAUGGGCAUUUCCGUACUCGCCAUCUUUAUUGUUACAUUCGUGCUAAUGGGUUUCGAUAUACACUCAUCGCUGGUGGUGGUGAUCACGAUCACAAUGAUUGUUAUCAAUUUGGGCGGUAUCAUGUACUAUUGGAAUAUAUCAUUGAAUGCUGUGUCGCUGGUGAAUCUUGUGAUGGCUGUUGGCAUAUCGGUGGAGUUUUGUUCACACUUGGUGCAUAGUUUCUCGAUUUCAAUGGAGAGCACACGUGAGAAGCGCGCCGCAGAUUGUCUAACAAAAAUGGGCAGUUCCAUAUUCUCCGGUAUUACUUUAACGAAAUUCGGUGGCAUUUUAGUUUUGGCUUUUGCAAAAAGUCAAAUAUUCCAAGUAUUCUAUUUCCGCAUGUAUUUGGGUAUUGUGCUGAUCGGCGCUGCUCACGGACUUAUAUUCCUGCCGGUGCUACUCAGCUAUAUUGGCGCACCGAUUAACAAAGCCAAGCUGGUCAAUUAUCAACGACAGGCCUAUAAAGUGCAAGAAACAUCGUUAUCUACGACGUGAUGCGAAUCGAUAAUUUACCAAAGAGACGAUUCACCGUCAAGUCCAAGAAACAUCAUCCAACCAACACAAUCAACCAGCAUAUUAGCAUUUUUCCAUCAAUACAUCGGCAGGGCGUGUCUUUAUCAUGCAGCGGACGUGUGAAGACGUUAAUAAUGCGAUGAUGUUGAAAUCAAAAAACGCCCCAGCCGCCCAAUUAGAAAGUGAGCAUGUGUAAGUGACGGAGCAGCGAAACUUUAUUUGCACUUGUAACAGUUCAGGAUAUUAAAAAAAAUAUAGGGUACAAAGGAAAUAUAAAUGUAUGUAUGUAGUUUAUUGUUUUUUAAUUUUUCCCCGAAUGCGAGAAUUACAACAAAAACAACUGAGUAAAAGACAAAACUUAUAUUUCUUUACGAAGUAAUUUAUAUAUAUACAGACACACACGCGCGCGUACGCAAACAAACGUUAGUUGUGAAGUUCGUAAAAGGCUUUUGUAUUGAACAAAUAAAAUAAAACAAAAACAAAAACAAGCACCAAUAUGUACCCAGCCUAAAUCGAGCUCUGUGAUAAACUUAGGUACAGGAAAAAGAGAACAAAUGCUAAAUAAAAAAUUUAAAUAAACUAUAGAAAAAACAGCAACAACAUUUGUAUUAAACAAAAUAUGCAAUCAUAUUUCCAUAGACUGGUCAACCGCGCAGCCGCUGCGGCGUUGAAAGCAUUCAUGUUUGGCUUUAGAUUUUGAAAGCCGUUAGUAUUUUUUGGCAUUUUUCAAUUCCAUAUUUUUAAUUAACUAACGUUCUCUCAUACACCAUACUUUAUAUAGAAAUAUGCAAACAUGCAAAAACAUUUUGCAAACAAAAUAAGCAAGCAAUCUUCAAACAUACAAAGAAAUGUUCAUUCAUACAAGAAAUAUUACUCCAUACAUACAAAGAUCGUAUAUAAAUUUUUAUAUAAAUACCGCUAUAACGCUAAUAAGCUUAUAUAUUCUCUGCAUUCAUUAAAUUUUAUUUUCGAAUCUCUUUUUUGGCAAAUUGAAUUAAAGCGAAUUGAACUGUUUUUUAGCUGAAAUUAUUUUCCAAAUUUUUAUUAUUUGCGUGCUUUGGAAGUUUCAUUAUAUAUAAAUGUACAUAUAUACCUUCUGUUUGUGUGUAAAUGUAGCAUAUUUAGACUAUAUUAGCUAGCUGUAUUAGUAUUUUGAAAAGCCUACAAUUGUUUUUUAGGUUAAAUGAAUUAUAUUAUAUUAUUUGAAAUAAAAAAGCACUGUAAUAAAAUUAUUUAUAAAACUGUGUGACAAUGCACUUUACAUGAAAUGAAGUUCUUUUCUUUUA